CAUGAGUUACGUUUUACCCAGGAGGCUCGUUAAUAAUACUAAACACUGGCCUUUAGCUCUCGCCAUAUAUGUUCUGAUGAUUCUGUGAAUUGACUCAGGCUCACCUCCUGCUGAUCUUUAGGCGCCUCUACUGCCUUCUAUUGCAAUCGCGUUUAACCUGGCAGGACCCUAUGGCAAACCGAGUGACAACGACACGAAUCAAGCACUUAUGGCAUUCUAAGUAAUGUGAAGUUUGAACCACGACCAACAUCUGUGCGAUGCUUGACUUUGCUCUUUCCCCUGCCAAAUUCGCAAGAGACUCUGUGAACAUAGACCAUCUUCACGGCUUGGAAGAUUACGCUUUUCAUCUUUGCGGGGAGGAACAUUCGUGUUCCAUGCAAUGCACUGCCGAAGGCAUCCGUCAGAUUGAGAUUGCGCCACAAUUGAUCGAGGCAGCAUUCACAGGAAGGCAUGAAACGUUUCAGUACACGAAGUACUCGCAAGUGGUUAAACGACUGAAAUGUGUCAAGUCGAUACAGCCAGGCAUGGUAGCUCAUGAUUGCCGCUUAGUCACCUGCAGCAGGAACAUGGAACGAGACUUUUCAUGCAACGGCGAGCGUCAAGCUUACUUGACAUGUUUUUAGGUUGAACUUGCUGAAACAUUCCUUGCAAUCGCUGAAUCGCUCACGGAACCCAGAGGGUUGCCCAUUAAUUCACAAAAUAGACACGACAGAAUUACGAGAAGGAAUAUACCAAUGCCGUUUUGUUCUUGUGUCUGAGACAAUAACUGAGUCAUUAUGCCAUUCAUAUAUUGCCUUGAGAGUCCUUCGCAAAAAUUACAGAAUGUCUGCCUUGUCUGAACAAAGAAUUUAGGCUACAACAAUGUCGUUGAUCG